GCAUGCGCCGCGGUCGCCGCGAGCCGCCGGGGCCGCCGGAGCCCCGCGGGGUCAGCCGUGGAGGGCGCGGGAGCCCUCGCCGCGCGGAGCUGCCCCGCCCCCGGCGACCCGGGGGCCGGCCUUUGGAUGGGGAGGCCUCGCUGGUGACGGUGGCUUCGGCCGGCCCGGUGUGGCCGCAAGGCGGAUUCUUAGGAGUUGCAGUUUCGUGUUCUGGGUCAUUUGGUUGCCCUGCUGUGCUCCGUCACCUCCUAAAGAUGCAUCCUGACUUAUCUCCACACUUGCACUCUGAAGAAUGCAACGUCUUGAUUAACUUGCUUAAGGAAUGUCACAAAAAUCACAGCAUUCUGAAAUUUUUUGGUCGUUGCAAUGAUCUUGAUCGGGAGAUGAGAAAAUGCUUGAAGAAUGAGUACAUGGAAAAGAGGACCAAGAGCAGGGAGCAUGGCAAUGCGAUGAGAAAAAGACUUUUUAAUCCCGCAGAGGAAUCUGAAAAAUAAAUUACAGGCAUACCUUGUUUUA